AUGCAGUGUAAAGUGGAGAGUGAGGAGGCGAAGGGCUGUGUAAAUCGCGUUCCUCUUGCCUCCACAUGUGCGUGUCGAGGGAGGGUAAUUUGUGCUGUGUGUAUCGAGACGGUGGAAGCACGUAGAGAUGGGACCUGUGGUGGAAGUGGUGACAGCGAGGGUGUUGGAGCAGUUGGGAAAGCAGAACGUGGGGACGCUAUCUCCCCUACUGCACCACGUGCACAUAACCGCCGCAUCGACGCCGCGCUUCGCGUGGACGCCCGAUCUACAUGUGUGCAGCAGCUGGACUACAGGCGCACACUACCACGUCCAGCCGACCUACAGCAGCCACCACGUUGCCACAUCAUCACCACACCGUCGACACCACCACUUCGCCUCACUUCCCUUACCUAUGCAAACGCCUGUGAUUCGCCUAUCACGUCGCGAAUAGGCGCCUCAUUGGACUGUCCGAUGUGUCAUCGUUGUCACUCAUGGUUGCGUCCUCGAGUUGCGCCAAUCAGUUGGCUUGUCGGGGCAAUAUUGACAUCCACUCGAAUUCGGCUGGCGGAGGUGAGUGGCCUUCGUUCGCGCAUUGGAGGGCGCAGGGAACGGCUAACAGUGAUCGCCAGAACGCGGGCAAUGCGACGAUGCUAG